GUUCGUAAGCGGAACGGUUGCCGCGAACUUGAAGCGGCAUUCGCACGUGGACCAUCGUCGCUGCCGGUAGUGUGCAACCAUUUUAUAAUAAAAAUAGAAACAUAAAAUUAAAUAAACAAUUUACGUCGUAAAUUGCGUCACCAUUUUUUGUUCUAAAAAUUCUUAUCGUUCGCUGCCAGAAAUAAUUGUAAUUGAGAAUUAUACUAGAUUGACUUCGUUUUGCUCACCCCGGUAAUCGACGAGAGUGCAUUGUUGCUAGUUUCUUUUUUUUUUUUUAAUUAUUAUUUUGUUGCAUAUAUUUUAAAAAUAUAUAUAUAUUUAUAUAUAUUCAACUUUGUGUUAAUACUGUGCCAUUUUUUUUCAACUGUGUGAUUAUUUCAAAAAAAAAAUUUCGUGCUCUCUUUGGAUUACGAUAAAAGGAUAAUUUGAAAGUGAAGUUCAUAAAAGAAGAAACAAAAAUACAAUCAUUCCAGUCAAUAUCAAUGCUACGUAGUCUGUGAUAAAAAAAAGAGUUUUAGAAUCAUAAGGCUGGUUUUUGAAAAAAAAAAAAACCGACAAUUUUCUGUCAUUUAAUCUGUCGGGCGAAAUAGGUACACAUUUUUUGAGAAUGCUCAUGCCUGGAGCAGCAGGUCUCACUGCAGUUGGUGCAGUGGGCGCUCCAGCUCCAGAAGAUUUGGUGACUGGUUUAGGUGCAUUGGCUGGAACGACACCACAACAAAAAGAUACCACGUGGACAAAAUUAUUUGUUGGUGGUUUACCAUAUCAUACAACAGACAAAAGUCUCAGGGAACAUUUUAAUGUUUAUGGCGAUAUUGAGGAGGCUGUUGUCAUCACAGACAGACAAACUGGCAAAAGCAGAGGAUAUGGUUUUGUAAUCAUGGGGGAUAGACCAGCGGCUGAAAGAGCUUGUAAAGACCCCAACCCCAUAAUUGAUGGUCGUAAAGCGAACGUUAAUUUGGCGAUACUCGGCGCAAAACCCAGAGGAAAUCUGCAAGCGACAUUCCCAUUCGCUGCAGGUAUUCGCGCUGGAUAUCCCACAGUCCUUCCCAGCCAAUAUAGCGUGCCACCUGGUUAUAUGUAUCAAUCACCAUAUUUGGCAGCGGCAGCACCAGGAGGUUUAGUUCAACUUCCGGCAACGCAAUUGAGUCAUGCGGCAGCAGUUGCUGCAGCUUCGCAAUUUUAUGAAUAUCAAAAUGCCGCUGCAGCGGCGGCAACAUAUCCUGGAACGUCGUAUAAUUUUGCUGAGGCCUAUCCAUAUACAAGUGCUGCAGCCGCUGGUAUGUCUUUGAAAAAUGCUACAACCAAGAGCAACGAGAUCAAUUUGACACACCUACACCACAGUCAGCACAGCAAUGGCAACCAGACAAUGCUGACACAUCAACGUUUGGGAAAAGUGUUCCUGCCACAAUAUCUGCCAACCAUACUCCGUGGCAAUGCAAAUGCAGCAGCAGCGGCGGCAAGUUAUGUAACGCCAUAUACGUACGCAACUUUACCAGGAGCAACAGGAUUACCAACUGCAGCGACAGCAGGAGCAGCAUUUCCUGGAUUGCCUUAUCAAACGACUCCUCAGGAAGCUAGGCUUCAGUAGAAAAGCUCAAAUUUUAUUUCUUGAUCAUUAUUUAAUCGACGAAUCUCAAAAUCGUAAUUUAUAACUAUAUAUAGAUAUCGAACAUCUUUCUACUAGAAAAAAAAAAAAAUUUGUUGAAAUUUCUUGUCUCUUUUUUAAAAUACGUCUCUUUUACACAAAACAAUUCUAUCUCUCUUGAAAAAUUUGACAAAUUUUUUUUUGACAAAACAAGAGAAAUUUAUUCUAAAUAUGUUUUAAAAAAGAAUGAAAUUUUAUCUAGAUUGUUUAAAAUUUUACAAAAAUCAAGAGGCUGGAAAUUUUAUUGUUCAUUGUUGAAUUGUCAUCAUUUAAAAAAAAUAUAUACAAAACAAGUUUUUAUUCUUCUAAAACUUGAUAUUUAUAUUUCUUUUGAAAAGGAAAAUCUUUCACAUUCAACAUACGUCCUCAUAUUAAUUACUCUCUAGCUUCCCUAAUCUUCCCUUUAUAUAGGAGCUAAAAAAAAAAAUUAGCGCAUACGCCUCCAAAGAGAAGUAGAUAUUAAUGUUAUACUAUUUAUAAAAGAAAAAAAGAAUGAGACCUUUUCCUUCGAUUCUCAGUAUAAGGAAUCGAAAGAAUAGGUCGAUUGUAAAAUAGAAUUAAUCAUAGAGUAUAAAAUUAGAAGAAAGAAGCAUAUAAUAAGGGUCUCUUGUAUCCACUGUUCUUCUGUAUAAUGUCACUUUUUGAGAAACCUCUUUUUUUUUUUGAAGAGUUUCUUAUUUUAUAUUAUUUUUUCUAAGACGCAAUUGUAUUUUUUCUUUGAAGCAAAUAUUUUUUUUUUUUCAAAUGUAUUUUAAAAAACUUUUUAUUCUACCAUUUCAAGAACUUUUCUCAAGAAUUAAUUGUAACGGCAAAAAAAAAAAAUGUUUUCUCUUCGACUGAUUUUAAGUUUCGUCUUCUUUGUAAAAAAAAAAAAUCAAUGACAGAAAAUUUAUCGUCAUUUACAGAUCAGCGAAGUUAGGAGUUAAUAUUGUUAAAACUCUAACCGAAGUUGCCUUAUGAGAAUAAUGUCAUCAGAAGUGUCUUAAUUUUGAGGCCUUGUAAAAAAAAAAAAAAAUAUUCAAGAAUCCCUUUUUCUACAUAAAAUAUUAAAAAAUUGUAAUAGAGAAAUGAGUCAUUUCUAUAUGAAAUUUGAAAAAAAAAAUGAAAGAAACAAGUGCCUUAGAAAAGCGCUCUUGGAAUCGGUUAGAAACUAGUCAGUGUCACGUUUGUGUAUGAAACGCAGAGAGAAAAGUGGAUGAGUGAACAAGUUUAAAAAAAAAAAAGUGUGAGAGAGGAAGAGCGAGAGUCAAUUAUCAAGGAUCGCGUUUUGAGGUCAUCUAGUCUUAAAAUUAGAGACCUUUGAGACUUUAGAAAUCGAUGAUUUAAAAAAAAAAUUAGGUGGCUUAGUAGACGUCGAUGAAGAGAGAAUCAUCGAAAUGUAUAAAUAAAGUAGAAAAAAAAAUCAAACAUAAGUCUCGAGAAAGCAGAACAUAGUUUCGGAUAUUAUUAUUAUGUAAUAGGACGAUUAGUAAUAUAAUACAGUUAUUAGGAGGAAAUAGUAAUUACCUAAUUAUUAUAUUAUUAUUAUUGCCAUUAUUAUUAUUAUUAUUAUUAUUAUUAUUACAAUUAUUAUUAUUAUUAUUAUUAUUAUUAUUA